AAAAAAUCAGUUACAAUUGAAAAGCCUACGUCAACGGUAUCGGACAAAUAGUAGCGGAUAAAAAAAAGUAUUUAAGAGUUUAUAAAAAAAAUUUUUUUAAGAAAAUUAUAACCAAAAAAAGAGGAUUUAUUUUUUUUAUUUAGUGUAAAAAAAUUACAAGGAAAAUUUUUACAUUUCACACACACAAACCCCGUUUUAUAAAUUUCAAAAAGAAAAUAAUUUUAAAAAAUUAAGAAUUGUGUUUUUUAAAACACAAAUUUCUGAUUUAAUUGAUUGAUUAAGAGUGUGUCUUCGUGGAGAAGUUGAUUUUUUUUUGAAUUUGAAAAAAAAAAGAAUUUAUAAAAAAAAAAUUUCGGUGGUGGAGAGCAGUUAACAAAAAGAAGCAGAAAUACAACAACACAUUAGCAACAAAAAUUUUAUAUUAGAAAAAAAAAGGAUUUAAAAAAAUCUUUAAAUUUUUAAAUUAAAAAACCAAAAACAAAUCAACAAAUUUUUAGAUAAAAAAUGGCUGAUCAACUAACAGAAGAACAAAUUGCCGAAUUCAAAGAAGCAUUCUCACUGUUCGAUAAAGAUGGUGACGGUACUAUUACAACAAAAGAAUUGGGCACAGUUAUGAGAUCACUAGGUCAAAAUCCAACAGAAGCUGAAUUACAGGAUAUGAUAAAUGAAGUUGAUGCGGAUGGUAAUGGUACCAUUGACUUUCCUGAAUUCUUAACAAUGAUGGCACGUAAAAUGAAGGAUACGGAUAGUGAAGAAGAAAUUAGAGAAGCUUUCAGAGUGUUCGAUAAAGAUGGUAACGGUUUUAUUUCAGCGGCUGAAUUACGUCAUGUUAUGACAAAUUUGGGUGAAAAAUUAACAGAUGAAGAAGUAGAUGAAAUGAUUCGUGAAGCUGAUAUUGAUGGUGAUGGUCAGGUCAAUUACGAAGAAUUCGUGACUAUGAUGACAUCGAAGUGAGCUGCUAAAUUUCUUCUUUUUAAGCCUUUCUAUUUGUUUAAGAUGUUGAUGAAGACUGUAGCUGUGCGCAAUAACAUCGCGCAAUGCUGUUGCUAUGGAUAAAAAAAUAUUAAAAAAAACAAAAAAAAAAAAACAAAAAAUACAAAAAAAAAACAAUUUAAAUAUUUAAAAAUAAAAAAAAUUAAAUUUAAAAAAAAAACACUUAUAUAUAAAAUUACAAUUUAAAUAUUAAAUAAAAAAAAACAAAACAUUAUUAUUAAAAAAUAAAAAACAAAAUAAAAAAACUUAUUGAAUUAUAUUUAAAUUAAAUUAAAAACAAACAAAAAAAAUAUAAGAGAAAAACAAAAAAAUUUCGAUAUAAACUUAAUUAUAAUUAAAUUUAAAAAUAAAAUAAAAAAAAAAAAUAAUUUUUGUUUUUUGAUUUAAGGAUUUAAAAAAAAAAAGAAAAAAUUAAACAAAGAUAUAUAAGAAAACAACAACAACAACAAUCAUUACAUUUCAAAGGAAAAUGAAAAUGAAAAAUAACAAACAAAGAAACAGAAAGAAACAGAAGUGAAAUUUAAAAUUUUACCAACAAACUUAAGUAGUUUUUUUUUUUUUUUUUUUUUUUUUUGAAGGAAGAAUAAUAUAAAUACACAGAAAAUAGAAACUUGAUCAUAUUGCAUAUGCAUAUGUACAUAUAUAUAUAUAUACAUAUAUAAGAAAUUUUACAAACAUAUUACAUGUAUAUUUGAGAAUUACUUAAAAAAGUAGGGUUGGGGGGCCGGCCUGCGGCGGCUUUUAAGAUAAAA